UAAUCUCUCAACGCGCGACACUCGUUCCCAGUGUAUUUUAACUCGUAAACGCAGCGCUGGUGUUACAAUAUCAACCUUUCGACAAGUUGGUUAAAAGCUGCCGGCAUUUAAUACUUUCUAGUUAUCAUUUAUAUUAAUAUCUUGCAUGCAUAAAUUUGUGACAAAAAAGUAUGUACAUUCCAACAAAGUUCGAGCAAUAAAUUGUAUUUUUGUAUAAAAAAAAAAGUACUAGUGUGAUUCUCAAAUAGUAAGGGCCGGUGGUAAGAAAGUCUGGUGGUAAAAACAUUCUGCUUGUCAGACAAAUUCAACAUUGCUGCAAAGAUGGGAAAAAUAUAUGAGCGCCGUUUGGAACAGCCAACGCCAAAUGUGUCUUUAGGAGAAAUUAUUUUAAACAAAUUGCGCGAGAACAACAAUCAUAUUUAUGCAAUAGACGGACCAACCGGCAAUCAAAUGACAUGUAGAGAAUUACUCGAGAGAAGCGUGAAGCUCGCAAAGUUCUUGCAAAGAUACGGAAUAAAAAUUGGAGACAGAGUUUCCAUUGCAACUGAAAAUCGAUUAAAUUGGUUAAUACCAGGUUGCGCCAUUUCUUAUCUUGGUGCUAUAAUAACACCGUACAAUCCUUCAUAUACAGAAUAUGAAUUCCAGCACAUGUUAAGCAUUGCGAAACCACGUAUUGUCUUCGUGUCUGAGCGCACCGAAAGUGUCCUCGCUAAACUCCUACCACAGUUAUCCUGGAAAAUAGAAUUAAUACAACUGGAUGAUCAAUCACUCACGGCAAACGUCCGUACGUUGACGGAUAUCUUAAAUAACGAACCAGAUAUAAACUACAUGGAAUACAAACCUGCAGAUAUCGAUGACCCCAGCCGUCAUCCAUGGGCUAUUCUUUCUUCAAGUGGAACCACAGGAUUGCCUAAAGGAGUAACGCUGUCUCAUAAAAAUCUAAUUGCGUUUUUAGUAAAAAUGCGCAAGCCCGAAUACUUGGACGCAAGAAGUGGCGAUAAAAUGUUGAUGCUGUUGCCGUUUUAUCAUGGUUACGGGAUAGGCACGAUGAUGAUCGGUCUUAUCUCGAGGUGCACCAUGAUCAUAAUGUCCGCCUUCGAGCCGAAACUCUUUCUGACUCUAGUACAGAAAUAUAAGGUCACCCAUCUACCGGUCGUGCCGCCGAUUUUGACGUUCCUGGCGAAACAUCCGCUGGUGGAUAGAUAUGAUUUUCGCAGCGUGAGAGAACUCGUCUGCGGAGCGGCGCCGCUCGGGAAGGACGUUGUAACCGCCGUAAAAACUCGCCUCGGCAUAAAAUACAUUCGCAACGGCUAUGGCAUGACGGAAUUAUCGAUAGUGAGCGGUGUGAGCGGGCGCAACGACGGCGAUAAUGACGAUUCGUUUGAGAAUCUAGGAACCGGAUUACUUGUACCUGGUUUUCUCGGCAAAGUAGUCGAUCUUGAAACACAAGAAACGUUGGAGGCCGGUCAGGUGGGCGAGAUCUGCUACAUGGGGGAACAAUUGAUGCUAGGUUACUGGAACAACCCUGAGGCGACCAAACAGACCAUCGACCAGGAUGGAUGGCUUCACACCGGUGACAUCGGCUACUUCGACAACAAGAAUAGGUUGCAUGUGAUCGAUCGUGUCAAGGAGCUGAUCAAGUACAAAGGCUACCAAGUCGCGCCGUCAGAGAUAGAAACCGUCCUACUGUCGCAUCAAGCGAUAAAAGAUGCCGCGGUCACCUCCAGACUCGAUGAACGUAACGGAGAGGUUCCAGUGGCCUUCAUAGUGAAGCAACCCGAUGCCACGAUCACCGCCCAAGAUGUGCAGGAGUUUAUCAAACAGAAACUGUCGGAGCAAAAAUGGCUGCAUGGCGGGGUGCAAUUUGUCGAUGCCAUACCGAAGAAUCCUUCCGGCAAGAUCCUACGUCGCGAACUUCGAACAAUGAUCUCUAAAUUGUAAUAAUAAAAAUCGCAAAAUGAACUUGUUACAAGUAUAAAUCUCCUUAAAUAAAAAUCAAAAAAAUUAAAUCAACAAAAUAUCAUAAUUUAUAAUACUUUUAACAACAAGAAAAAAUUAACAAUUGUUCAAAAAAAUGUGCCAUAGCGUGUAUUAAGAAUACUUUUGUGUUAACGAACGUCUCACUGCGAAGAAGAAUAAUUAAGCGCGGAAGAAACGUUGCAGAAACGUAAAUUUAUUGCAGCUUGUUGUCACGUUGAUUAAUUCAUAAGUAAACCGUUGAACAACCGUGGCCGAUUAAAUACGAGCGCUUGGUGGACCAGUUCUACCCUCAAAAUAUAACAGAAAGGUACAGCAAGAGGGUGUUUCGAAUUAUAUUACAUAAUAUCACUCUUGCGCCAACCUGCGAUGCUACGAAAAUAAGCGAAGAAACCUGUUGCGUUACAUAUGUCGACGAAAAACACAUAUACAAGCACAUAUACGCGCAUGUUCUCAUAUUUCAUCAAUAUCUAACUACUUUCUUCCUUUGUGACGAUAUAGAGCUUUUUAUCGAUCCUCAUGU